AUAACGUUGUUUUUUUCAUAAUUGUACAUAAAAAUUGCCAUAAAAAGUGUGAAAAAUAAAACGAACUCUUCCACGGGAUCAAAUGUCGCAAAAACACAACAGAAAAGAGGAUAUCAAUGGAAUCUAUAUGAAGUAGUGUAAAUGACAACUCCUAAAAAACAAAUGAACUUCAUUCCAAAGAGAAAUGAACGUACACAAAACUAUAAAGCAAUUGAGAAAAAGAAAUAGAAAAGGACUAACAAUAACAAACGUGUUGAUGACUAUUGUAACGCGAUGAUGUUGAUGUCUAAUGCCCCGUGACGGGAUGAAUCUGUAGGAGUGGAAAAAAGGCGGCUCCAUCUCUGAGGCAGAAGACGAUGAUCAAAUGACGAUGGUGGCUCCAGCGACCUAGAUGGAGGAGCUCCGGGAAUUGUCGCUGCUUCUCGUGUUGCUCACAAUGAUCCGCUCGACUGUGAGUGGUGUCUUCAGGCAGGAACAGGUGUUCACCAUCUCUCCACACAGCGUCAGAGUGAACGCCGGAGAGGACGUCUUCCUCGAGUGUGUCAUCCAAAACCAACAGGGUAAAGCACAGUGGACAAAAGAUGGCUUUGCAUUAGGUUUCGAGCGCGACGUCCCAGGUUACCCUCGCCACUCCUACUCGGGGGACCCGAGCAAGGGGCAGCACCAUCUGGUCAUCAAGGGCGCCACCUUGGACGACGACGGCGAGUACCAGUGCCAAGUGGGUCCCACUACUGACACCAGUGCCUUGGCGGCCUCUGCUAACGUCACUGUUAUGGUGGCUCCAACCAGCCUGAACAUCAUCAGGGGCGCCGACAGCAGCGUCGUGCAGGGCACAGAGGGUCACAACCUGUACCUGCAGUGCCUCGUCAACGGCGCCAGACCCGCCCCCUCCAUAGCUUGGUACCGCAAUGGUCUCAUGUUGGAUGACAGCCUCCACACGGAGAGGGCUGACCACAUAUCCCCCGAGACGAAGAGAUGGAGCGUCAGGAGUCGUCUCUUGGUGGUGCCAAGUGUUCAAGACGACGGUCAACAGUACACCUGUCGCGCCCUCCAUCCCACGUUCGCCAGGUCCCACAAGGCGCUGGUGGAUUCGGUCACCCUCUCGGUCUUACGUGAGUACCACAGCCCCUUCUGUCUCUGGUGGCACAAGAAAGCGGCCAAUGGGAUUGGUGUCUGGAGGCGAACUCCUGUCCCUAUCCUGCCGAUCCACGGGCGGGAACCCCACGCCCGCAACUCUCCUGGUACAGAGACGGGCGUUUACUGCAGCAGCACCCGAAUAUCACCCACUCGUCGAAGGCGCCGCCUCCAAGACGGAGGAGAGGCGGAAGCCGCCCUUCGGUGGGCGGUGACGGGAGAAGACGACGGACGGCCCGCCCGUUUACGAAUGCAGAGCCCAGAAACGAAGUCUCGCGCGGACUCCAUGCUUGCGGAUGACGUCACGCUUAGCGUACUCUACAGACCGUCACGGGUCGAAAUAACGGGUCCGUCCGUCGCAACGGCUGGUCGGGAGUUCGUCCUCAAGUGUGUCACUUCAAAGGCCAAACCGGUCGCCUCCAUCACCUGGAUGGUUCAUGGCCUCCACAGGGAGAGGGCUGACCACAUAUCCCCCGAGACGAAGAGAUGGAGCGUCAGGAGUCGUCUCUUGGUGGUGCCAAGUGUCCAAGACGACGGUCAACAGUACACCUGUCGCGCCCUCCAUCCCACGUUCGCCAGGUCCCACAAGGCGCUGGUGGAUUCGGUCACCCUCUCGGUCUUACACCCUCCCAAGGCCCCAGUCAUCACGGGAUACACACCAGGCCACAUUCUGAAGGAGGGCGAACUCCUGUCCCUAUCCUGCCGAUCCACGGGCGGGAACCCACGCCCGCAACUCUCCUGGUACAGAGACGGGCGUUUACUGCAGCAGCACCCGAAUAUCACCCACUCGUCGAAGGCCGCCUCCGAAGACGGAGGAGAGGCGGAAGCCGCCCUUCGGUGGGCGGUGACGGGAGAAGACGACGGCGCCCGUUACGAAUGCAGAGCCCAGAACGAAGUCUCGCGCGGACUCCUGCUUGCGGAUGACGUCACGCUUAGCGUUCUCUACAGACCGUCACGGGUCGAAAUAACGGGUCCGUCCGUCGCAACGGCUGGUCGGGAGUUCGUCCUCAAGUGUGUCACUUCAAAGGCCAACCCGGUCGCCUCCAUCACCUGGAUGGUUCAUGGAGUCAAGGUGGCCCCAGUAUCCUCUGUGGUCAGCGAGGCUGAUGGUGGAGGCUGGGUGACCUCUUCUGACCUCAAGUAUCACCUAGAAAGGUCAAUAAAGCUAUCGGAGAUCACGGUGCAGUGCCAAGCGAGGAAUGGUGUCAGCGAAGAGGCCGUCACUGAAACCAGGGUCAUCAGCAUCAUGAAGCCCCCCGGGCAUCCCUUACUGAAGAUAGAGGGCAUGGAAGACUUGGUGGCAGGAGGGCGACUGAUCGUCUUCUGCACCAGCGAGGGAGGCAACCCAAAUCCGGGUAUCACAAUUUACAAAGACCGAAGGAAACUGGUAUCCGAUGUCAUGCAAGAGGGAACCGUAUCCAAAGCGCGGGCGUCGUUUGAGGUCACUGCUUCGGAUAACGGGGUCAAGGUGACCUGUGAGGUCAGCAACCCUGCCCUCAAAACGCCCCUCGUGACUUCCACCAAGAUAAGACUGAAAUGUGAGUGGGAUUAUCCUCAUUAAAGAUUGCAUGGGGCAAGCGACAACCCAGCUAUGGAUGCCGACCUUUUCUUAUCCUU